AUCUAAAAUAUUUUAUUAUUAAUCUAGGAUUUGAAUGUGCAUGCUAAAAUGAAAACAAACGUGAUCAUGAGAAAUCUGGAAAGAAGUUUAGACAUAGAUUUGACUAGGGAUGAUUUUAUCUUCAAAUUAGAAUGUUUCGAGAAAUGUAUGAGAUUUCAAGUUCAGUUCAAUGUCAAUAGAGCGUCUCUGAUUUUUAAUUUUGAGCCUUGUCUCUUAUCAUUCCAUGAACUAAGGACGCACAUUCUAGUGCCUACUCUUUUCCAUGCUUUGUUAACUUAUCAGGAAAACAUUGCUUUAAAGAAAAGACUUAGCCAAUGGGAAAGCAAACAGAAUCUUGAAUCAGUAUCUAAAUCUAAAGGUUAGUUGCUGCUAUUUUUUUAUUCUUUUGUUUUUAGAACUUCUAUUAUUCCUUACAAGUUUUUUUAAAAUUAUUAUAGUUUUAUG